AUGAGCUAAAUUAACUAAGGUGAGUUGAUUAUUAUGAAAAAUGUUCUCUUUUUAGCUUAAUCAAGCAAAAAAAGCUUAUAAAGCUAAAGAAAUUUACUAAAUAAAUGGUUUUAAGAUUCUAUUAAGAGCUAUUUUAUGGAAUCAGUUGCAUCUCCCCUGAUUGUUGAUUACCUUAAUUUAGAAUCUGCCUAAUCCGUUAAAGCACUUAUCCGCUAAUAAAUUAACUAAAAUAAGCCUAUAUAUAUGGGAAUCAUUGAUUAAUAUUUUAAUUAUAUUAAUUAAUACAACUAAAAGUACACUUUUACAGCAAAGCUUCAAGAGAUUCUUUUGGAACCCAUAGAUAUUACUAAUUUGAGUUAAGAUUGUUCUUACAAUUGUAUGAAAAAAGUUAGAAAAUAAUUUGUAUCUUUUCUAAUCUUAAAGUACUUUAAUUUAUAUGGCCAACAAGAAAUGUCAUCUUUUUAUGAUCUUUGGAAUAACUGCUUCCCCUAAGUUGUUUAAGUAAAAAAAAAACUUUCUAAAUACGAUACAAAGAGUAAAAGUAAAAGGUCAUAAGCCAAUCAUAAAUAAGAACUUGCUGAAAAUAAGUCUUUAAAUACUUCUUUAAACCUUUUAAAUUCCAAUAGCUCUACUCCUCAUUCUAAUAGAUUAGAAAUCACUGGUUUAUAAGUAAUCGAAAUCCCAAAUAUUAAGAUAAUUAGCAAUUCUGACUUAUAUUAAGUCCCUUUCUAAAGUGAAAGUGACUAUAAAUAUGAACCUAAUUCUUAAAAGUAACCAAUUAAUAAUGGUAUCUUUGAAGAAGACAGCUAUUAAGAAGAAUAUAUUAACUAUUUUGAUUAAAACUAUAAUUAUUCUACCUUCUAAUAAAAUAAAGACUAAUUUAAUAACUAAGUUGAUUAUUAACCAAUCAAUUUCAAUCAUGAAGAUUAAUAACUACCUUUCUAAAACUAAUAAGAAUCUUUCUAAGAUUAAUAAUAAUUUUUAAUAGACUAAUAAGAAUAUUUAUGCUAUUAAUAACAUCAAUUAUAUUAAAAUAACUAUUAAUAAAAUUAUUAUCUUAAUCAUAAUGAUGAUUGA